GAACCACAGUUACAUAUGUAACCAAUGUUAUCAUUCAUUCUGUUUGUACAGGUUCUGAUGUGGUAGAGUGGCUUUAUCAUCACAUUGAGGGCUUCCAGGUCAGAAGAGAGGCUCGUAAAUAUGCUAGUAACCUCCUGAAAGCUGGUUUUAUCAGACACACAGUGAACAAGAUCACCUUUUCAGAGCAGUGCUACUAUGUGUUUGGAGAUUUCAGCGACUGUGAAAACUAUAUGGCAAAUCUCUUGCUGAAUGACAAUGAUGGUUCCAGUGGAGCAUCAGACCAGGACACACUGGGACCCUUGCCUUUGCCAGGGGCCACACCCUGGCCCCUGAUGCACAUUUUCCCUUAUCAAUACCCGCAAACUUACCCCAGCCAACCCCCUCCAUACCAUGAGCUCUCCAGUUAUAGCUACGCACCAGGAAGUGCUGGCAGUCAACACAGUGAAGGAAGUCGUAGCAGUGGUUCAACGCGAAGCGAGGGUGAGCGAAGACAUGGGGGUAAAGGAGGUGGGAGCACCAGUGGACGAGAUGAAAAAUCCCCUGUAGGAGGAGGUGGUGCCGACUCCCGCUCUGGCAAUGGCAGUGAAUCGGAAUACUCUGUUCGCAGUAGCCGGACACGAGACCACGGUUCCACAACACCAAGUGAGCACAGCCUCAGUCUGAGCCAGCGGCCGCAUCACAGAGUUCCGCCCCCUCACCUGGCUCCAUAUCCAACUGGUAUCCCAAUCCCUUAUAACCCCAUGAUGGUCAUGAUGGUGCCACAGCACCCCCACCCUCAUCCAGCCAUAACCAGCCCUUUACCCACCUUCCCAACUCCGCCUCUUCCAUCCUUGCCGCCCACUUUAACACCUGGUGGCCCUCCUGGAGCUCCUCCUACCAGGGAUCUAGGAUCCGUUCCUCCUGAGCUUACUGCAUCCAGGCAGUCCUUCCAUCUGGCUAUGGGCAACCCCAGCGAGUUCUUUGUGGAUGUUAUGUAGUUGAGUGAAGGUGAGAAAUGUUGUUGGAAUGUGAAAUGAAUCAGAAAACAAAAACAAAAAGCACAAAUCUAAAACAACAUGAGUUAACAGGAUGCUUUGUUCAUUUCAGAAAAUCAAACACAGCCAUUACUUCUGCUUGUCCCAUGAUUAUUGUUCCAUUCUCUUUGAUUCUUCCUGUGUGCGUUUAUAAAUAAGCGCUCACUGGAACUGGUAAUAAGUAACCAUUCAUGUGAACUUAAUAAUAUGAAUAAAAUUCAAGAUUUUAUUUCCUCCCAGAUUAUACUCCAAAUACAAGGCACGAUGGUGGUAUUCUAUAUCUAUAGAUCAUUGUCUGGAAUAUUAAAAUCCAGUCGCUACAAAGUUCACAAAGAAAUCUGAUUUUUGUCUGUGUAGUUAUGUGCAGUGCAUGUUUGCAUUUUCGGUUGAGCACAAUGAAAAGUAAUGACCAAUAUAGCAGUGCAUUUAGCAAAAGAGAGUUUUAGAGUAGUGGUACAGUCUUUUCACCGGUGUUGUUUAGAAAGGGUCUGUGGUACAUAAUUUUAUAGAACAAAAGAAUAUCAUUUUCAUCUUUGCUUUGAGAUGUAUGAAAUAAGAAUUUUGCCAUAGUGUGCGUAGACCAUAGUUAAUUCACAACCUGACCUAGAGUUUUUAGAUCGGGUGUUUUCUAAGGCACUGAUUGUUUUCUGUUUUGUUGUUUGUUUGUUUUAUUGUAACAUUUGAGCUGUGUAAUUGCUUUACAUUUUUUAUUCUGUAAGCUGGAUACACAAGUCCAAGUAUCUUUAGCUGGACAGUCCAUGUACAACACAUUUUUUUUAAGCAUGUCCCCUGUGUUUCUCAGUUGGCUCACAUUCUUUGUUUAGUAUGUGUUUUAGUUCAGGGCCAAAUUAAUAUACCUAAUAUACCUUCUACUGAUCUGAGACAAGUUUUGGAGUUUAAGAUGAAUAGAAUUCAGAAAGGUAGAAAUGCUGUUAAAUUGGAAUGAGCAGGCAACUUGGAGCCAACAGCCUCAGCUGGAACACAUCAACUGACAUUUUUCUAUUCUUAAGAGAAUGGGGGGUAAUUUCAAUUUAACAUGCAAGCCACUUAAUGAUGCUGGUUUAAAGAGCGGUUUGUGUGUGUGUGUGUGUGUGUGUGUGUGUGUGUGUUUCUUUUUGACUGGUACGUUUUGGGAUGUGCCAAAGUCUAAAUUAUAGAACAUAUACCCUUUUGCUGACUUUUUUUUUCAAAUCCGCGUUUAUGUUCUCAUCUGACAAUCAAUGGUUUGCAUGA